AUUUCUCUUCAACAAUAUUUUUAGCUUAAUUUUGAAAAUGGCUGAUUCUCAUUUGCUUGUAAUUUCUAUUGUAUUAAUGGGCAGCUUAGUGGCUGUAUUAGCUGCUGGUAAUUUUAAUGACCUUACAGAAAUUACUUGGGGUGAUGGACGUGGUAAAAUAGUAGAAGGCGGCAAAGGUCUCUCUCUAUCACUCGACAAUUUUUCAGGGUCGGGUUUUCAAUCGAAAAAUGAAUAUCUCUUUGGAAGAUUCGACAUGCAACUCAAACUUAUCCCUAAAAACUCUGCUGGCACUGUCACCACCUUCUUUCUAUCUUCACAAGGAGAAGGACACGAUGAGAUUGAUUUCGAGUUUUUGGGUAAUACGACUGGUGAGCCUUAUACAGUACACACCAAUGUUUAUUCUCAAGGAAAGGGAAACAAAGAACAACAAUUUCGCCUUUGGUUCGAUCCAACUGCAGCAUUUCACACUUACACCAUUGUCUGGAACUCUAACCGCAUAGUGUUCUUGGUGGAUGAAAUCCCAAUUAGAGUAUACAACAACCACGAAAGCAUUGGAAUUGCAUACCCCAAGAGUCAACCAAUGAAAGUGUAUUGCAGUUUAUGGAAUGCAGAUGAAUGGGCUACACAAGGAGGCAGAGUCAAAACUGACUGGACACAAGCACCAUUCACUGCCUAUUAUAGAAACAUUAAUAUCGAUGGCUGCGCGGUUACAUCAGGCGCUUCCUCGUGUGCAUCACGGCCCACUGGUUCAGCGAAUAAUGCUAAGUCCUGGGAGACACAUGAGCUCGAUGCUAAGGGUCGAAACAGGGUUCGAUGGGUACAGAGUAAACACAUGGUUUAUAAUUAUUGCGCUGAUUCUAAGAGGUUUCCUCAAGGAUAUUCUCAAGAAUGCAAGCGCUCAAGGUUUUAAGAGGCUCGAAUAGAAGCAGGGGUACUUGAACAGAGUAUGGUAUUGAUAGACGACUCUGAUGCAUAGCCUGGUGGUUUAUGGGAUUGAUUGUUUUGUUUUUGUUUUGGUGGUGUGAAAUUCUUUCAUUGAUUGUUUUGUUGUAUCAAUAAAAGUAGUUUUACUAUUUAUUUUGUUUGAUUAAGUGAUAAUGUACUAUUCACGUUUAUACGUUUGUUGUGGGAGAAUAUGUUUGUACCGUCAAUCCCUCAAUUUAAAUUAAAUAAAUUGUAACCUUAAAUGA